AUGUCUGUAAAUUCACAACCAUAUGUGUUUAUGGAUACUUGGGCAGAACAAAAAGGAUUGUUUCCAUCAGAGAUUCAUUUGAAUUUCUGUGGCAACGAAAUGGUUACCGAACUGAGAAGAAUGUUUGCAAUCCCCGAUUCCAAUAUGUUUGUUACCACGUUUGUUGUGUACACUCUGCUGCAAUCGGAGCGAAUCGGUUUCAUCAAACUCAAUGAAACCAUGAUGGAUAUGGCGGUCGACGCCAUCCUUACCUACCACGACAAGAACUCCGACUCGGAUUCCGGUGUCUACACAUUCUGGCCACAGGUUUACAACCAAUCACUGGGCACCUACACCGAGUUCCCAACGAAUCUCAUCAACCUCGUCGAUGAAUACAACAAGUUUGAGGAUCCAGCAAUCUGGCUGGCCGACCUCUUCAAGAAGUACAAGAUCGUCACCGACUUGAAAGCGUUCGAACAGAUGUUGGAUUCACUGCAAGUGGCAUUCAGAAUUCCACCGGAUUCCGACGACACUGGAUGCAACUUGGCACUUGGAAACGUUAUCGCCAACAUGGCCGCGACACAUCCAUACAUCUCCAAGACUUGGCAAGCUGCCAAUCCCAAUGCCAACAAAACGAUUGAGACUAUUUUGAGAUAUGCUUAUAGACCGUUCUCAAGCGAUGUUACAACCUCUACGAUUGAUCCGCGUACCUACUAUGUACUGCAUGAGUUCCUCGAGGAUUGGACUGCACUCGGAAACAACCAAGACGAUUUGGUGCUGCCUGGAACCUGGUUGAUGAGUCUUCCACAGCAAGCUGCUUACUUCCCAUAUCUUCAGAUGCCAUUCAACGUCAACAAUGUCGAUCUUUCGGUAUCGAUCAACACUCUCUUUGGAUUGGCAUCGUCGAUCAUCCAAAAUGGAGCACAACUCAUCACCCAAGACGUCGAGCGCAUGAUCAACUCGAUCACCUCUCUCAUCGAAUGGGGAGUCAACAGUGAAAUUGUAUAUAAACGUCCAGACUUGGCAUUACUCUACUAUCCAUCGAUCUAUGAUUUCAGUUGGUUCAUUUCACGUGUUGUUGAUCUACUUGAAACUGAAAAUCAAAUUUCACCAAACGCGUUACCACCAGUCUUAUAUAAUACAUUGGUAUCAUUACGUGAGUUAAUGAUGAAUAAUGGUACAAAUCAAAUUUUGUCGAGAAUGCAAGAUAAUGGAAAAGGAGGUUUCUAUUGGUAUGAUUUCUUGGGAAAUGAUGACACUUUCUUUGGAGUCAAAGAGAAAUAUGGCGAGGAUCUUUUCUUUAGUAGUGGACUUGCGCUGAAUGUGUUGAUUGACACCUGGACUGUUUCAUCGCCAGACAGUGUCAAGCGUAUUUGGAGAUCGAAUACACCGGCAGCUGUUUUGGCGGCAGUCGACGGUGGUGUCUCUCAUGUGGUCGAUAACAUUCUCAAGAGUCAAACACAGAUUUACAAUGCAUUCUUUAGUGGUUCCAUGAAGGGAAUGACUUCAUUCCCCUAUCACUACCCUAUGAACUUCUGUCAGUAUGUCAACGGAUCGACAUGCAGUCCAACGCUGGCCGAUCCUGAUGCAAUUGUCGGUGCAAUCAACGGUGUGCUUCCACACGACCAAUACCAAGCUAUGCUCUCAAUGAAAUGGAUGAACGCCAGUGUGCCAGUCAACUGGACAUCAUACAAUCCCGAUCCAUUCCCAUACUGGUCAUCAUCGCCACUCACUUAUUCUAUCAAUAUUCUAGCACUUUCAAAAUCCCUCAUCCUCGAAGAGAGUCAUUAA